AUACACACACACACAUAUAAUACAAGUAAGCAGAGCGUGUGCGGGAUAUUCGAAGUGAUCGUUUGAGAACAUGUGUAGUCAGUCAGCGACGUCCCGUCCAUAAGUACUUAGGUGCGCUUGAACUGAAAUAACCAAAAACACAUACAUAUUAUAUACUGUACAUGCAAAUACAUACACAUAAAUAUCCUAUAGAGAAUAAGUUUGAAGUAUCGAAGUGUUAAAAUCGUGGCGUCCUUGCAUAGGGUACACGAAUCCGAAUCGAUCUUACCGCCUUCCCGAUGGAGGCCGCGGACAAUGCGUCAGCCGGUCUGCCCGCCGGCCAGAGUGUAAUUACAACAACAGCCGACAAUGCGAUAAACACAACAGAUCCCCAGGGUUUUCCUCUCGAAGGCGCGCAACAACAAAAGCCGCCACCGAAACUUUCAUUUAGCGAAAAUUCGAGUUCGCUAAUACGUUGUGUACCGAACGAAAGAGCGAUAUUCUUCGUGAAAAUCGACUGUGACGAAGAUUCCGACUUGUUGCCAUUACAAUUUGAAUGGAGCCGUGGAGAAUUGCCAAUUGCGAAUUCCGACCGCUUGCGAAUAACACAGACCAGCACCGCUGUACAAUUGGCUGUGGAGCACGUGCAGCGGGAGGACGCCGGUCAUUAUACAUUGAUAGCACGAACGAAAGGUAAUGAUGUUAUUCGCAAAGAUGUGGAGCUCAUUGUCGAGGACAGAUCGACGGGUGAGGAUCCACCCGUAUUUCUACGACGACUGGUUGAUCUGUCGGUGAAAGUGGGAACUCGCACUCGAUUGUUAGUCGAGAUACGUAGUUCCACCGAUGUUAAGCUCACUUGGUACCGAAAUGAUCGACGAAUAUGUGAAAACGAUCGAAUAAAUGAAGUAAACGAGGGCAACUUCCACUAUUUGGAAGUGAGUCCUGUUAUAUUGGAAGAUGGCGGACAGUGGAUGGUGUUAGCUGAAAACUCGGGUGGCCGCAAUUCAUGCAUUGCACAUCUGAAUGUACUUGUGCCCAAAGCUUACAAGGCACCCGAGUUCAUUGAGGAACUACGUGCUGUGCUCACCCAACAAGGCACGGUUUCGCUCGAAUGCAAGGUGAUUGGUGUACCCACACCGCAGUUGCGUUGGUUUAAGGAUUCCAAAGAAAUCAAGGCUGGCGAUGUAUUCGCGCUGACCGCCAAUCUGGAUGACCCCACUUCACUGGGCACAUAUACUUGCGAGGCUGUCAACUGUAUGGGCAAAUCAUAUUCCAGUUCGAAGGUGCAUGUAGUCGGACGUGGCAGUAGGGAGGGAUCGCUCAAACCAGCUGACAGCAUCCCCAACAAUACACCUCCGCCGAUAUUUACGAAUGAGUUGCGCGACAUGAGUGUUCGCAUCGGGGAGCCAAUAAUUCUGGGAUGCCAAGUUGUGGUGCCACCGUGGCCCAAAACAGUGGUAUGGUAUAACAAGAAUGGUCGUAUCGAGUCUGGCGAAAGAUACAAAUUAAUCGAAGACGGAUUAGGAGUCUAUAUGAUCGAAAUCAAACCCUCUGAGAGUUGUGACGAAGGUGAAUGGAAAUGUGUAGUCACAAGCUAUGAAGGUUGUAUGGGCAUUUCAACAUGUAACGUCACAAUGGACAUUCCGAAAAAUUAUCGGAAACCACGUUUCAUGGAGAGUUUGCGUGCUGUACUUACCGAAGAAGGCCUGGUUUCAUUCGAAUGCAAAGUAGUGGGCUUCCCCACGCCCAUACUCAAAUGGUUUAAGGAUGGUCAGGAACUGAAGCCCGGUGACGUUUAUCAACUAACUGGUACCAACUCGCUCGGUACUUACUGCUGUGUGGCUAAAAACUGUAUGGGUGAGAGCAGCAGUGUUGCUGUACUCACCGUUGAGGAUAUACAAAACCAACUUAACGACGAGGAACGGCUGUUGUUUGCAAACCAAAAUCAGCCACCGAAAUUUGUUGUUGGCCUGAAGAGCCAAGAAGCUAAGAUCAAUGAAAGUUUCCAGUUUACAGUAAAUGUUAAGGCUACACCAGAUCCAGUACUAUCUUGGUUCCGUGAUGAACUGCCGAUCGAGAAUAGCGAACGGUAUAAUCAUUAUCGUGGUGAACACGAAAAUUGGCACUUAGACAUAAGAUCUGUAGAAUUUGUCGAUCAAGCGGAAUGGAAGUGUGUUGCAGUGAAUGACUUUGGCACUAGUUUAACAUCUAGUUACUUAAAACUACAGAUACCGCGUCAUUACAAGAAACCACGUUUUCUGGAAUGCCUUAGAGCAGUGCUCACGGAGGAAGGCGCUGUCAAUUUGGAGUGCAAAGUAAUUGGAGUGCCACAACCAGUGCUAAAGUGGUACAAGGAUGGUGUUGAGCUAAAACCUGGAGAUAUACAUCGUAUUAUAUCUGGACAAGACGGAACUUGUUGUUUAGGAACGUACACCUGUGAGGCAAGAAACUGUAUGGGUAUUGUGGCAAGUUCAGCAUCAUUGCUUGGCUUCGAGGAGGCCUAUAAAACUCAAAAGGAAGAGAAAGCUCAAGAAAACGAGUUGCAGCGUAACUUCUCCUUAUCCACUAUACAAGAAGAGCACACGUCUCAACUGUAUGAAACUCCUGUUGGUGACAUAACAAUUGACUCAAAGGGUGAGGUAUCUUUUUCAUUUGAUGGUAAAGAGGUUUCGGUGUCUCUGUAUGAGACACCCGAUUUAACUGAAGAGGAAGCAUUAAAGAUUGUUGAAAUGUAUGCCGAUCAAAUCUCAGAGCAUGUUACCGAACACAAUGUAGUGGAAUUGCCACCGUUGCGUUUUGUCAAAGAGACUUCGCAGUCGGGUAAACUUCUAAUGGAGGCUGUGGUCAUUGAUAUUUCACCAGAAUACUUUUCCCAUGAGGAGGAUAUGCGCACCGAGGCAGGUUUGGAUGAUAUUUCCAUAACGGAGAUAACAGUGCAUGGAUCUUCCGGACAUGAGGAUGAAGUCGAUCGUGAGGCUGAAAAAUAUACCCAACGCAGUUUCGAGAAAAUGGAGGAAGAACUCUCUCUGACUGCACCAAUACGUAAACGUAAGAAAUCACGACCCACAGAAACCACAGAAGAAUUUUACAGUUUGUCCAAAGCAUCUGAUAGCCAAGCUGGCGAUGAAGACACUUCUGAUUUGCAAACGUUUGCUAGCGCCACACAAAUGUCAUCACGCGUCGAUUCCGCUGUGGGACCUGAUGCCGCGCAGGCCGAGGAAAAUAUACAACCACCAAAACGUAAAAAGGGCAAGAAACAAACUGACAGUGAUUCAUCAAAAACAAAUGAAGAUGAUGCAAAAAUGCAAGACAUCUCCGGGGCAGUUGGCGAUGGUUUGAUCACUCUAAAACCAGUAAAAGUCAUUUCCAGUGCAGAGGAGAUUGAACAAAAUUUACGUGCUCUUUUGCCACUGGCCAAACUUUUGAAAACGAUUGAGCAUCACUUGACCGUGGUUGAGAAUGAAGUCGUCGAGCAGGCGACCAUGAUGAUGACUCCAGCUUCUGCUGAGCAGAGUAUCGCUAUUAUUCGCAAUAUUGUUGAUCCAAUAAAACAAGUUCAAAGCAAAUUAAGAGUAUAUUCCGGAGAAACCGCACUUGAUGCGCUCUUUCAAACGAUGGAAGAGGAUAUACGAAAGCUGCAUAGAAGUCUUCAAGUAAUUGAGAAGUGCGUCGAAAUUGAUGAAACUGGUGUCACACUUAUACAACGCACCAGCGUCUGCAUCAUAGACAGCGUAGGCGAUCAGCUAAUUAAGGCUUUGGGGGAAGUGCAGAACAUAGCCAAGUGCUUCGAAUCAACUAGUUUACGUGCACAUAUUGAUUUAACGGCAGAUGACAUUAAACAGGGUCUCGAAAUAACACAAGGCACUAUUAAGUCACAAGCUCUACUACAAGAAGCGCAGGAAUUGGAGGCAGCUAAGCACCUUUCAGAAACGGUGGCCAAAUUACAAGCUAUGCCAGCAGUUGAACCAGUCUCUUUUGCGACUAUUUCGGACGCCAAAUUGCCCAACGAGGCUGAUGCAUUGAAGCUCAUUUGUCUACCCGUUGUAAAUUUACAAGCCGCUUUAGAAAAAGUGGAGAAUGAGUUGAGUCUUGAAGAGAACGAGGAACAAAUUUACAGAAAGGUGCACAAAAAGGUAUUGGAAAAUAUCGUAGAACCAAUCAAGGAACUACAAUCGGUAUUGGAGACAAUAGAACGAAAGACUGAACUGUCCGCUACACAGUCUACAGAACAAAAGGUUAAUAAUGCUAUAUUGGAUAUUGUGACUCCGCCUCUAUUCGAACUCAAUAAGGGGUUGGAGGUUAUACUAAGUCAGUCGUCUGACAAUGUGCAAGCCGGUAUGUUGACUGUUAGCACUGUGGAAUCAAUGGUACCGCCACUGCAGGAAAUACAAAAUGGGUUAGCACAGCUUACUCAGGAUGUGGAACGUGGUCAUUUCAAUGAAGAAGCAGCGCUCGACUCAGCGGACACUCAAAAGCUCCUUCAAACUAUUGCGCAGUCGGUACUGCACUUUGAGACGAAUAUCGAGAGACUUUCAGCACGUUUGUCCCCUAAUGUACAAAAGGGCUUGUUUAGUUUGAAGGAAGAAAUGUCUUCGUUAAUUGGCAAUGUACUCGACGAUAAUAUUACCAAAUACCAUGUGACUCUCUUAGAAAACUUGAAGCGUCCAAUUGACGAGCUUAAUUACUGCAUACGUCAAAUUGAAAGCAAAUCAAUUUCGGGCUCGUUAACUGACUUUAUUGAUCCUUUGCACAGUUUAAGUGAUCGUGUGAAUUUGGGUAAGGAGAUUAUGCAUAUGUCAGGGACGAAGCAGAAUGUUAAAAAUGUAGAUGUCCUGGAGAAAAUGCAGCAAUUAAUUAGAAAUGUGGAAAUUGAUAUUGAAGAACACGAGUUCAAAAUGCUACAACACGAAGUAGAGCUUGACGAGAAACUUGCAGCUGAGCAAGAAAAAUCUUUCAUCUACAUGCGUGAAGCAAUGGAAAUGAAAAUAGCUCAAGACGAAGCAGGACAAAACAUACAAGAGCUUCUACACACACUUACAGAGAUCGAAGCGACACCGGGCUUAGACACUCAAACCCAAAAGGUUUUAUCUCAAUUAGAUCAAAGCCUCACUGGCUUAGUGGCAGAUGUGGAGGUAUUGAAGGAGUCACAGAGCACAAGGGAAGAAAAUGAAGCUGCCACAAAAGUUCUGACUGAUAUUGCUAAACCGCUGCAGACGGUUGCUGAGGUAUUACGCAAUUCACUUACACCAGAGAAAGUACCAAAAAUCCAAUCGGUACCACAAAGUGAAAGUCUGAGCGCAGUUUUGCAAGAAAUAAAAGACGUCGUUGAGAAUAUACCAGACCUAAAUGAGCACCACAUUAAAUUAAAAGCACUGCCAAUUGUACAGUCCGUGAUUGAAAUGGUGCCUGUUCUUCAGUCUAUUACUAAUUUACCACGAGCAAUAACUGCAGUCACCCAAUCAGCAGUCGGUGAGAAGAAGAAAGCAGAACCAGAUGUUGAUAAUAAUGCUGCAAAGAAACCUAAAAUAGACACAAAAACCGAAGUAGACAAAGAAAAAAUAACGGUUCCACCAAAAGUUGAACCAGUAGCAAAGAUUGAGGAUGAAGGCUCGACGCUAGAAGACAUAUCCGCUAUGAAAUCUGCCGCUGAAUCUUUGCCAGCAGACAGUCAGGACUCUGCCGCGGGAGAGGGAACCGAUCACCUUAAAGCGUUCGAGGCGAAUAAGGGCAAAGUGAACACAUUAUUGUCUCAACUCAAAAAUAGCAUUGCAUCAGUAUUAGCGCACUGCGCCGAAGUAGACGUUGCCUCCUUGCAACUAGAAUCUGCGCAAAAGGUUAAAGCAUGUUUGUCAAAAUUAGAAGACGUCAAUGAAUGUAUUGCAGACGUACAUCAACCCAUCAUUGUGGAAACUUUGCACACACACGCUGACAUUAGUAAUCGUAAAACUUUCGCCGAAGCUGUGUGCCAUUUGGAAACAUGUGUGGUGCAAGUCGAGGAGUGUCUUGCCCAACAUGAUUUGCAAGAGCUUAGUGAAAACUCUGUCUCUGAUUUGAAAACAUUGGCUCUACCCUUACAAGAUCUUAAAGAGUGUAUAAAAGUAUUUCAUAAUGAAGAAUUGGAGCAAGUGAUUAGUUUGCCAACAGCGAGCUUAUCGAUGACAAGUGCUCAGGUUUUACAAGACAUAUGUCCCUUUGUGCUUUCUAUAAAAGAGAGUAAUGCACUUGAGACUCUACAGUCAUUGGCUGCAGAUGAGUCUUUAGCACAGUUGCAACAGUUUAUACAACCCAUACAAGAAUUGGAAAAUGCAGUGCUUUCGACAAUUCAUCAAGUGCAUUUGUCUCAAAUUGAAGAUUUCCCAUCUGAGGUGAGUAUUGCAGUACUGGAGAAGUGCGCCAAGCCUAUUUUGGAUAUCAGGGAAGCCUUACUGCAUGUACAAGCUGAAACCCCACAAUCCCCAAUCGAAGAAUGUCCAGCAUUGGAUGUGGUUAGACAAAAAGCCGAUGCCAUAUAUAACCUCCUAGAAUACUGUGAACGUGCUAGUCUUAAUGCAUUGGAAAAUAUAACUGAUAUGUCCACACAGGCCGACGUCUCCGCAUUGAAGUCUUGUGCAGAGCUGAAGUCUGUUGAGAUCGGAUUGGAACAAGCAGCGAAAGUUGCAGAAGAAAGUGUAAAGUAUCUGGACGUCAAGGAAUGUAUUGCGGGUGGCAUCAAACAGAUCCAAGUUUGCUUGACUUCGACUGACACAAAUAAAGAGCCCGAAUUGCAAGAUAUUGGUGAAGUUAUGAAGGAACUUAAAAAUGAAUUGGAAAAUAUGCAAAAUGAGUUGUCCAAACCAACAACACAGCAAAAUACCGUUAAAGUCAAUCAAAGAGUGGCUAAAACUAUGUUUAAACUAAAGGAAUGCCUAGUGCAUACCUAUGAAACGGAUGUAGGAAAGUCUUUGGACGAGAUUGAAAAAACGUUCGAAGAUAUCUUACAAGCACUGCCGACUUUGGAAAUACAUCUGGCACAAGAGAUGUUUACAAAAAUUGAUACAUCCCUGUGCGCAUUUAAAACCACAUGCUUACGCCCAGAUGCUCCAACUGAUUUACAAAAGUUAGUGGACCCUAUAAAUAAUAUUUUGAAGACUGUAAAAUCAAUAAGUGAGUUGAAAUCUAUUGAUAUCGAGAAAUCCUCAUUGAUUGUGGCCAAUCUUCAAACGCAUUUAAUGUCAGCAUUUAGAGUGCUAAACGAAGUCGGUGACUCAUUAAGCGGGCAAGAGCGUGAAGCUGCUUUAAGGGCACAAGACGCUGUGCUUGCCACACAUGAAUUCAUAGUGGACGCCAGUGAACAACUUCGCACAAUUGAGCUCCUUCAGGAAAUCGACAGUUUGACGCCGAAUCUUAGUUCUAUUUACGACAGUAUUGCAUUAGCUAAAGAGCUGAAAAACAAACAAGAGCUACUUGAAGCACUCACUCAACGCGUUUCAUCAGGGAAAGCCUUUCUACAAAGCAUUGAGGAAGGCUUAAAUGCCAAUAAUCCACUCUAUUAUAAAUUAGCGGAGGACAAUGAAAUAGACAUACGCAGUGUAGAAGCAGCUCUUUUGCGUAUAGAAAACGAAAUAAUACCAAAGAUGGAGUUACAAAUUCCAACCCCGGAGGAUAGCGCGCUAGUCGACGUCCUCGGAGUGCAUCUGAAAUCUCUUCAAGACAGUUUCGCUAAACUCAAGACUUUACCUAUUGUUUCGCAGGAUAUUCAUGGCGAUGAUAAACAAAAGAUAUUAUCCGAAACGUCUCUUAUAUCGAAAACACUUUCUGAGGAAGAAAAGCUAUAUGCUGAAUUGCAGCAACGCGAAAGUUCAUUACCCGCGGAUGAGGAUGUUUCCACUUUGGAAGACGUUUCGGCAAUCGAGUCAUUACUUGGCUCUCCGUUGCGCUCUCACGAUGAGCAUAUUCCAUCAUCGUCAGCUGAUGUAGGUAAGGUCGAUGUCUUGUUGUCACAACUCAAAAGUAAUAUCGUCUCAGUGUUAAAAUAUGGCUCCGAGGUUCAGGUUGACUUCCAAGAACUGGAAUCUACAGAACAGGUUAAGGCAAGUUUAUUGAAAUUGGAAAAAAUUCAUGAAUGUUUUGCUGAUGUUGGUCACCCUUCUGUCAUUGAGCCACCUCUCCUAUCCUUCUCCGAAGCUAGUGAUUGCAAAACGUUUGCAGAUGCUGUGUGUAAUUUGGAAGCAUGUGUAGUGCAAGUCGAAGAAUGUAUUGCUCAGAGUUAUCUGCAAGAUUUGAGCGAAACUGAAAUAUCCGAACUAAAAACUUUGGCGCAACCUCUGCACGAUGUUCGUGAAUGCAUUAAAAUUUUCCAAAAUGAGGAGCUAGAGCAAGUUUUAAGUUUGCCAACAAUAAGCAUGCCAUUAACCAGCGCUCAAGUCUUGCAGGAUAUUCAACCGUUUGUCUUAUCCAUCAAAGAGAGUCAUGCACUGGAGACACUGCAGUCUUUAGCAGAGGACGAGUCACUCGUACAACUUAAACAGUUUAUCCAGCCCAUACAAGAGUUGCAAAAUCUGUCAUUAUUCAAUGUGGAGCAGGUGCACUUGUCUCAAGCGGAUAGCAUUUCUAAACAGGAAAACGUCGAAAUGUUGAAAAGAUUCGCAAAACCUGUUUUGGAUAUAAGAGAAGCUUUACUACAAAUUCAAGAGGAAACACCACUAUCAACGCUAGAAGAAUGCGUGCCUUUAAAAGUAGUGAGAGAAAAGAUCGACGUCGUAUACCAUCUUUUGCAAUAUUGUGAGCAGGUCGACAUGAGUGGAGUGGAGAACGUUGUGGAUAUGUCCACACAAGCUGACAUCUCCGCACUAAAGUCUUGCAUUGAGCCACAAUCUGCAGAAGCGAAACUUGAGCUGCCAGCUGUAGUUGCACAAGAAAACGUGAAGUUUCUCGAUGUUAAAGAAAGCAUUUCAAAUAGCAUUAAGCAACUCGAAGCUUGUGCAACUGAUAUGAAACAAGUCAAUGUUCCAGAACUGCGCGAAGUAUUCGCUGUGAUAAUGGAACUCGGAAAUGAACUAGAAAGCAUGCAAAACGAGCUCUCUACAGCAUCCGAGCAGCAACAUAUGGCGGAGAGUCAAGCAAAGGUCGCCAAAGUGAUGUUUAAAUUAAAAGACUGUCUUGUCCAUACCUAUGAAGCCGGAGUGGAACAAUCGCUAGAACAUAUUGAAACAGCUUUUGCCGAUUUGUUACAAACAAUGCCAAUCUUAGAAAUUCAACUGGCUCAAGAGAUGUGUACCAAAAUGGAGUCUGCCAUUUUGGAGUUUAGCUCAAUAUGUAACAAAUCAGAAAGUUUAGUAGAACUGCGUAAGCUAAUCGAACCUCUCGAGCUGGUUUUAAAUAGCACCAAGGCUAUUAAUAAACUCCAGUUGAUAGAGGUCGAGAAGUCUACAAUGGUUGUGGCUAAUUUACAAUCACAUUUGAUGGCAGUCUUUAGAGCAGUUGAUCAGAUUAAUGAAAAAAUAGAGCUUGACGAAUGUAAAAGUAUUCUUAAACUGCAAAAUUCUGUUAUUUCUAUCACGGAAUUUAUCAGUACGAGCGAAAACACAUUGAGAGUAAUAGAACUCAUUCAGGAACUCGACUCUCUUAUGCCGCAACUAAACUCCGUAGUCAACGAAAUUAAUGCAGAAAAAAGCGAUAAAGGAAAGCAAGCCUUUUUAGAAGCACUUACUUUGAGCUUAACUUCGGGAAAGGCUUUUAUAGCAAGCGUUGACGUAGGAUUAAAAUCUAAAAAUCCUGUAUUCGUGAGACUGUCCGCAGAAAAUAGUUUGGACAUUCAAAAAGUGCGUGAUGCAUUAGUCCGCAUGGAAACUGAAAUUCUUCCAAAAAUGCAUUCCAAAAAUCCGUCAGCAGAAGAGGGUGCAUUGGUCGAUACCCUUCGACUUCACUUGAAAAACUUACAAGCUAAACUGGUUGUUAUAAAUAAUGAAACUGUUUCUUUACAAAGCGAGGUAAAGGAAUCUACAGAGGUUAUUGACGACGAGAUGAAAGAGGCCGUUAUUGAUGGUUUGGAAAGCAAGAAGUAUAAGCAACAAGAAGCAGUAAUCGCAGAACAGACUCAAACCGUAGUAAUAGAAGCUGAAGAGAAAAUUAUACCCAAAGAAUCGACCCAAAGCUCUGAAUCGGCAGUUAUUAGUUCGGAGCAAGCACCACAAGAAACUGAAACUGCUACAGCAACUAUCACUAAGAAGAACGAACAAUUAGAUUCAGAGAAACCUUCUCUACCAACUGAACCAUACUUACAAAAAACUGAGGAACUCAUUGAUGUCACAAUUGAGCUCACAAGGAAUUUGAAUACACAACAGUUGAGCAAAGCUACAACAGAAGUUUUCAGGUCUGUUGAAAUAACUUUAAGUGAGAUGAAGAAUUUGAUACAAACACAUCCGUCAAGUGCAAUCGAAGACCACCUUUUCCUUCCACUAUUCAAGUUGAAAGAUUUGAUUGCGUUUAUUAAGAAAUCACCUAUAGAUGAUAUUACGAAGAGCAUGGAGAUGCGUCAAGUCAUACAGAAUUCCAAUAAAGUCUUGCUAGAAAUAUUAAACGGGCAUCAAGGACUCCGAAGCGCAAUGAUUUCUGACAUUACUGAGGCUACUCUACCAUAUAUCGGUAGUAUUAUAUCUUUCAUAGCACAAGUAUUUCCUAAUGACAAAGAGUUAUGUGCGACUUCUAGUGCGCUCCAGCGAAUUUCUUCUGAAGUUGCUGUUAUUAAGAAGCAAAAUGCACCAAAUAUGGAUACUGGCUCGCGAUCUUAUCAAAAUCUUAAAUCGGCUAUAUUCGAUUUCCGAAACUCAUUUGAAUCUGUAUUCACCAAAACACAAAAUCCACCACUAUUAGAACAAAGAGAAGGCUUAGAUCGUCUAUGCAAAGCUAUAGACGAAGGCCUCAUUACUGAUGCUGUAGAGAUUCUGCAGGAGCUUGAGAUGAAGAAAGAGUUGUUUGUUUUAUUGUUGGAAGGGUUAAAACACAUAUCUCAAGAAUCGGCCACUUGUACUCUUGCAGACUUAAGAAAAGAAGAUGAACCAAAGCGUGACGAAGAUUCUGUAGUACAAGAAAUUAAAAAUGUCCUAGCGGUUCUUGGCGAAAAUGAAAAAUGGAAAGACACCGAAGAUGAAAUUAAAGAGGCACUACAAAACCCAACUGAUGAACGUUUUUCAAAACUUAUAUUUAAAAUGAGGGAGCACAUUGUCCACACUUAUGAGGGCGGUCCGCUUUCGUCGAACGAAAUCGAAAAACAGUUAGAAGAGAUCAUUGAUAAAUUGCUUGCUAAUAAUCCUGAAGCCACGCGAAAAUUGACUGAAGAAUAUUAUGCAAACAUAAAAGAUAAUAAAAAACAUAUAUGUGAGAAUAUUACUAAAAUUGAGAAUCUCGAGUUACGAAAUAAAGUAAGCGCACUAAAUCCGUACAUAGAAAGUAUAACCAUCACUAUUGAAGAAAUCAUGAAAUUGAAAUCUAAAAGUAAAUUCGGAAGGAAACUUGAUACAUUAAAAAAAUCUCUAAUAGACACCGUUGCAUUCUUAGAUGAACUCCAUAAAGUAAAAAGUGGAGAUGAGCACUUUAAUAUUGAGAAAGCCAAAAAUAUUGCAUUAAACGGGGUUGAUUAUAUAAAUAAUAAGGAAGAAGCUGCACAAUUGCCUAAAAUUCUUUUGGACACUUAUUUAUUAACAAAUAAUCUGCUUGAACUAUGCAUUAAGUUACAAUCAGCAGAUUAUCUUCCGUCAAAACAAAAGGAAGCAGGGAGCCCUGUUUCAAAAAUCGAAGAUGUUGAAGUACAGGAGGUUUCCCCAGAUGAUAAUGAGAAAAUAAUGCAAGAGCCCUGUGUAAUCGAAUCUGAAAUCGUAGCAUUAGUUACAGACUCUUCCGAAGCCUCUGAACUUGUGAGAUCCAUAGUUUUAGAGGCUGAAGCACCACAAACAGAGAUAGCUUCUAAAGAGCCUGAGGUGACCGAAUUAACUGGAACUGCAGAGUCUAUUAAACCAGAAAUAGAAGUGGAAACAAAUGCUCCUGCACUAAUUACUCCUGAAAAGUCUAUAUAUACAAUUGUGAAAGCUGAGGAGCCUCAGCAAGAGAUAGCUUCUAAGGAGUCUGAGGCGACUAAACUGACUGAAACUGCAAAAUCUAUUAAACAAAAAGCAGAAGUGGCUCCUGUACCACUAGCUCCAGAAGAACUUGCACUGACAGUUAUUGAAGCUGAGGUAUCUUCUCAGGAGCCUAAAGCGAUGAAACUGAAUGAAACCUCCGCAUCUGUUAAACUAGAAGAAGUAGUUGAACAAGCUCCACAAUCUGUCGAACCUGAAGCAGAAGUGGAAGCUAAGGCUCCUGUAUCAGAAAUUUCUGAAGAAUCUAAGCCAACAGUUAUUCAAGUUGAAGUGCCUCUACAAGAGGUCUUUUUAAAGGAGUCUGAGGCGGCUGAAAUUACUGAAAUCACAAAAUCUGUUACACCGGAAGCAGAAGUGGAAGCUAAGGCACCUGUAUCAGUAGUUUCUGAAGAAUCUACCACUACAGUUGUGCAAGCUGAAGUACCUCAACGAGAGGUAUCCUCUACGGAGUCUGAAACGACUGAAAAGACUGAAACCCCACAAUCUGUCGAACCUGAAGCAGAAGUGGAAGCUAAGACUCCUGUAUCAGAAUUUUCUGAAGAAUCUAAAUCAACAGUUAUGCAAGUUGACGUGCCUCUACAAGAGGUCUCUUUAAAGGAGUCUGAGGCGACUGAAAUUACUGAAAUCACAAAAUCUGUUACACCGGAAGCAGAAGUGGAAGCUAAGGCACCUGUUCCAGUAGUUUCUGAAGAGCCUACCACUACAGUUGUGCAAGUUGAAGUGCCUGAACAAAAUUUAUCUUCUAAGGAGCCAGAGGUGACCGAACUGACUGAAACCGCAAAAUCUGUUACAUUGGAAGCAGAAGUGGAAGCUAAGGCUACUGUAGCAAUAGUUUCUGAUGAACCUCAACCUGAAAUCAUGCAAGCUGAAGUGCUGCAACAAGAGGUACCUCCUAAGGAGCCUAAAGUGACUGAAACCCAAGAAUUUGUCAAGCCAGAAGCAGAAAUGGAAGCUAAGUCUCCGGAACCAGUAGUUUCGGAAAAACCUGUAUCAACAGUUUUGCAGGCUGACGUGCCUCUACAAGAGGUACCUUCUAAGGAACCAGAGACGUCCAAACUGACUGAAACCUCAGAAUCUGUUACACCGGAAGUAGAAGUGAAAGCUACGGCUCCUAUACCAGUAGUUUGUGAAGAACCUCAACCUGAAGUCAUCCAAGCUGAAGUGCUGCAACAAGAGGUACCUCCUAAGGAGCCUAAAGCGACUGAAACCCAAGAAUUUGUCAAGCCAGAAGCAGAAAUGGAAGCUAAGGCUCCUGAACCAGCAGUUUCUGAAGAACCUAUACCAACAGUUUUGCAGGCUGACGUUCCUCUACAAGAGGUAUCUUCUAAGGAACCAGAGACGUCCAAACUGACUGAAUCCUCAGAAUCUGUUACACCGGAAGUAGAAGUGAAAGCUACGGCUCUUAUACCAGUAGUUUGUGAAGAACCUCAACCUGAAGUCAUCCAAGCUGAAGUGCUGCAACAAGAGGUACCUCCUAAGGAGCCUAAAGCGACUGAAACACAAGAAUUUGUCAAGCAAGAAGCAGAAAUGGAAGCUAAGGCUCCUGAACCAGUAGUUUCUGAAGAACCUAUACCAACAGUUUUGCAGGCUGACGUUCCUCUACAAGAGGUAUCUUCUAAGGAACCAGAGACGUCCAAACUGACUGAAUCCUCAGAAUCUGUUACACCGGAAGUAGAAGUGGAAGCUACGGCUCCUAUACCAGUAGUUUAUGAAGAACCUCAACCUAAAGUUAUGCAAGCAGAAGUGCAAGCUAAUGCCUCUGUACCAGUAACUUCUGAAAAACCUACAACUACAGUUAUGCAAACGGAAGAGCCUCAGCUAGAGAUAUCUUCUAAGGGACCCGAAGCUAUUGAAUUGACUGAUACAGUAAAACUUUUUAAACCAGAAGCUGAAGUGAAAUCUGAGACUCCUGAAGAACCUUCACUUACAGUUAUGGAAGCUGAAAUGCCUAAACAAGAAGCUAGUCUUAAGGAGUCUAAGGGGACGAAAAGGAUUGAAACCCCUGAAUCCGUUAACCAAGAAUCAUCUGCUAUGGAGCCUGAGCCGACUGAACUGACUGAGGCAGUAAAAUCUGUUAAACCAGAAGCAGAAAUGGAAGCUAAGGCUCCUUUAUCAGUAAUUUCUGAAAAACCUUCACCUCAACAAGAUGAUUCUUUUAAAGAGCCUAAGGCUACUGAAAUGACUGAAACUUCAGAAUCCGUCAAGCCAGAAGCAGAGGUAGCUAAAGCACCUAUACCAAUAGUUUCUGAAGAACCUACACCUACAGCUAAGUCAGCUGAAGUUGUGUCUUCUAAGGCACCUGAAGCGACCGAAAUUACUGAAUCUUCAGAAGUAGCAGGAAAAUCUGAUUUCGAAAACCUAACGGAAACUGCAUCUACAUUCUUUGAUGAAAUUGUGAAAAAACCAGUCGACGAUAAGACUGUUGAUGAAAAGCCCAUUAAAGAUGGUACUGAAACUAUAGUUAAUAAAGAUUUAAUUCAACAAGUAAUGGUUGAACAGAAAGUUUCAGUACUUGAAGAACCCCUUAAUCCUAAUUUGUCAGGCUAUUGUGCGAAUAUUGUUGAAAAUGUUUACAUAAUUCGUCAGCUGUUUCAAGAAGAGACACAUUCCGUUUUCCUCAAAAAAAUACCACUGAUCGAUAAAGAUUUAGAAACUAUUACAACAAUUUCCGAAGCAGUUAAGAAGAUAAAUAAUAUGGAGAAGUCAUCUGAGAAAAUGGUAACACUUCAGAAAGUUUUAAUGAAUCUUUUCAUUACAUUUGAUGAUUUACAACAACAUAAAAUUGGUGAGAUAAAAAGUAAAAUGGAAGAAGUUAAAACCUUGGCACUUAGUGAAUAUGAAAAGAUCGAGAAGAGCACUGGUGUACUGGACUCUGAGAAUGUGUUAAUUAGUAUUUCUAGUUUAAUAAACUUACUUUUAAAUGUUUGCCAAGGCAUAGUAAAGGAGGAGAACAAAAAGCAUAAAAUUGGAGAUGUAAUUGAAACUAAAAUUGCUGAAGAAGUACCUCAUGAAAAACUAGAGGAAGCAAAACUAGAUCUUGAGAAAGCAGUUUUAAAAGAACUUGACAGUAAAGACCAGAUUUUGCAAGAAAGCAUAGCAAAUAAAAAGGAAGAUAGUAAUGAAAUUAUUCUUGAAACAAAACCAGCACCAGAUGCUGAAGAAAUCACUGCUAUCAGCAAUAAAGAUCCCCUUAAGAAAAGCAAAGUUGAAGUGCCUGAGGUACAGGAAGUACAGAUGGAAAUUGUUGACCAAGAGGAACUUUCAGAGGAACUGAGUAAAAACUUAGAGAAAUAUUUCGAAAAUAUUGUCAGCAAUGUUGAUAAUGUUUCAUUUAUAAUUGCUACACCACAACUGCAGGAAUCUUUCAGCAAAAUAGUCCCACUUAUACCCACAUUGCGCACGUUUGUUUUGGUUGCAGAGUGUUUGAAAUCCGUACAGUCCCUUGAAAAAUCAGCAGAGAGAAUUGUUACCCUUCAAAAGUCUUUAAUGGACACCUUCGUUACAUUUGACGAUCUUCACGAAAUAGCAACAAAAGAUUUGAAGCCAAAGCUGGAGGCAGUGAAAACGACCGCCUUGCAAUUAUACGAUAAUAUUGAAAAUGCAACAAAAUAUGUUGAAUCUGAAGGGGCGUUAAAACAUUUAAAUAAAUUGUCUAAUAAUAUCCUAGAAGUAGCCAAGGCACUGGAGACAGCGCUUCAACAAAAUAAAGAAAAGUUGACAGAAAAUAUUCUGGAGGCAGUACGUGGUACUGAAAUACAGAUCGAUCGAGUAGAAUCCACAGAGGCAACGAUUGAUAAAAAUAUUGCAAUAGAUGAACAACCUGAAACGAAGCUGUCAAUGGAAGCAAAAAUAACAGAGAGGAAGCCUGAAGAGGAAGCAGAAAAAGAAGCGGAUGUGACUUUGGGAAUUGAACCGAAAGACAAUAAAAAUACUACUGAAUUACUACUCAAGCACGCAACAGAGUCCGACAUGGACAAGUCGUUGCCUACAGUAGUUGUGUCCCAAAAAGAACCGGAUGAUGAGAAGCCACAAGAAAAGCAGGCCGAAGAUGAUGAUCUUUCUAAAAAUUAUAGUUUAGAAAAUAAACUAAUUGAGGUAAAGAAGAAAAAAACUGAGGAAAAGUCAGAAGCAAAAUUGGAAGAAAAGUCAAUAAUAGAAGUUUCCACGAAUAAACCUCAAAAUAUAAAGCUGGAAGAAAAAAUUGCGGUCGAGGAAGGUGAUAAGAAACCUUUUGUCGACGACGAGAAGAAAAUUGUAUAUUCCAAACUGGAAGAACUUUUUAAGAAUAUUACCCGAAACGUUAAGAGUUUAGAAGAACAAACUGAAGUGGCAACUCAUCCGUUACUUAGCAGGGGACUGACAUCUCUCAAACCCAACCUUGGAAACUUUGUUAACGUUUCACAAACGAUUAAAAGUAUUGAGCAUGUUGAGAAAUCUUCAAAGGAUAUAGUAGCUUUACAAAAUGUUUUAAUGAAUAUUUUUGUAACAUUUGAUGAUUUACAUGACUUAAAAGUCAAGGAUAUAAAAUGUAAAAUCGAAGGUGUUAAAGUGAAUGCCUUAGCUGUAUAUGAUUUCAUAGAAAAUAGUCAAAAUCACAUAAAUUCUGAAGACAUUUUGCAAAAUAUAUCGGAUUUGGUUACGAAAAUAUUGAACACGUGCUCUGAGCUUCGCAAAGAAACAGAAGAAGAAAGUAUAGAAAGAUCUGAAGUUUCCACUAAGGAAGGUUUGAUAAUUAAAGGAGAGCAAAAAUCAGCAGCAGAAAUAGAACCCGAUAUAAUAGCUGAACACAAAAUCAAAGAAGAGUCAACAAAGGCUUCGAAGACCGAAACCGAAGUCCCGGUAAACCCGGAUUUGCUGCAAUACUUUAACCAGAUUGUCGAAUAUGUCGAGAGUACAUCUAUCAAAGCCAAUAGUAUAGACGACUAUCAUUUCCGAUCGAAGAUGUCAUCAUCAAACUCAACUCUUGAAAGCAUUGUUUCAUGUGCGGAAUACAUAAAGAAAACGAACACUGUUUCAAAAUCGAAGGAGAAAGUUGUUACUCUCCAAAAGAAUCUAAUGGACAUUUUCAUUCUUUGUGAUGACCUACAGACCGUUAAAGAUAUGACACUGAAUAAAGAUUUUGAAAAGAUUAAGGAUUUAGCAUUAAACGAGCACAACGUAAUUGAUAAGUGUGUAGAUGUGAUUAAUUCCCAAAAAAUUUUGAAAGAUACUGUUCAACUUUGUCAAGAGAUCCACAGUGUUUGUGAAAAAAUUGCUCAAUAUGUGAAUGCUUCGAGUGUUUUAAAAGAAGAAACAGAAAGUGAUGAAAACAAAAAAAUGGGUGAAGAAACUUUGAAAGGUGCAAACAAGGAUAUUGAUUCAGUCCAAGAAAUGACCGACAAGAAUGAAGAAAAAUCAAAAGAAGAGAAAACAGAGGCUAUCGUGGACUGUACAAAGAUAAAGCCUUUCGAAAAAUCAACUGAAAAGCUGCCUGAAGAGAUAUUGAAGAAAGAAGAGGAAUCAAAUAUUAAAAAGAAAACGAAGAGUGCGAAAAAAGACAAAAUAUCUGAAGAAAUGAAAGAGAAGGAGAAGUCUUCCCAUGAAACUCAACAAAGUGGAGAUAAACCGAAAAAGGAAAGUGAACGGGAGAUCACAGACGAAGAGAUGAGGGAUGUGAAAGAGUCGCCCGAAAAACUCAUGGUUGAAGAAAAGAAGAAGAUAGACGAGAAGUCCAACGUUAUGGUCAAAAAACCAGACUCCGUAGAAAUACCCCAGAAGAAGGCUUCUGAAGAAGCUAAAGAAUUAGAAGAAAUACAGUCAAAAGAUGUCAAGAAACUAGAACCUUCAGAUACAUCUAUUGAUACAUUUUCUGAAAAAGUUAAAAAAAUAGAAGAAAAGCCAGUUGAAGGAAAGAAAAAAAGAGAUGAUAAAAAUUCUGGAAAUCUCGAUGUGACUAACGAUAAGUUAGAAACUACGGUAAGACCUACCGAGAAGCCUUUUGAUCAAAUUAAACAGGUAGAAGAAAAACCAAAAGACGAAGAGUCGAAGAAGGAAGUUGUGGAUGAAGAGAAAAAAGAUGACUCGAGAGCAUAUCAAGAACUCAAAGUUGACGAAUGCAUUGCAGAACCUAUUGAAGGAGUUAAAGAUGUCGAAGAAAAGAUUAAAAAGGAAAAGAAAACGAAGAAAAUAGACAAACAGAAAAAUAAUGACGAAAAAGAUGUCGGUGAACUUGAAGUUGUUGAUGCAAAGCUUGAGCCUACGGAAGAACUUGAGCAAACUACUAAGAAAAUUAAAGAAACAGAACAAAAAUCAAAAAAAGAAAGGACGAAGAAGAGCGUGGACGAACACCAUAAGAAUGAUGACAAACAAACAAUGGAUCUCAAGAUUGCCGAAAAAGAACUGGAGCCCGGAAAAAAACCGGUUGAAAAGAAUUCUGAGGAAUUAAAACAACUAGAUGAGAAACUAAUGGCGGAAAAUAACAAAGGAGAAGAGCAAAUUUCUGCAGAGCUCCAGGUUAAAGAGAAAAAGUCACAGCCUGAGGAAACACCUAUAGAGAAGCCUCUGGCGGAAAUUAAGCCUUUAGAAGAAAAACCAAAAGACAAAGAGAGGAAAGAUAUUGAUGCUGACGAAGAAAAGAAAGAUAACGAUAAACAAAAAGAACCUACAGAAAAGCCUUCUUCAAAUCUUGCUGAAGAACUUAGUCAGGUAAAAGAUGAAGAGAAUAAUGCUAAAGCCAAACAAAAUGAAAAAAGUGUAAAGGAAGAUGCCGAUGAAGUAAAAGAUAUCAAACAAAAAUCUAAGGACCCCAAAACUGUUGACAAAAGACAAGAGUCUGAAGAAACUAAAAAGGGAGAAGAAAAGCAAAAAACAAAGAGGAUCAAAAGCGUUGGGGAAGAAAAGAAAUUUGACGAUAACAAAUCGGAAGAUCUGAAAGUUGAUAGUGAAAAAGCAGUACUUGCCGAACCAAUUGAGGUGUCUAGUAGUGACCGUCAAGAAAUUGAAGAAAAAACAAAGGACAUAAAUAAAAAAGAUAAAAAUGAAUUGACGGGGGAGGAAGUGCUAAAAUCCGAACAACUCAAAGUUGUUGACGGCAAAUCAGAGUCUGAAGAAAAAAACGCUGAGAAGGAUAAUAAACAGACAGAUGAAAAACCCAAGAAACAAAGGAGAAAGAAAAGUUCGGACGAUGAAAAGAAAGAUCACGACAAAAAGUCUAAGGAACUCCAGGUCCUUCAGAAAGGAGUUGACGAUAAAAAGUAUGAAGAAGUCAAAGUGGAUACUGAAAAUUCAGUACCUGUUGAAGAAAAAGACGAGAAAAAACAAGAUACUGUUGAAGUGACGGCGAAGGGAGAGAAGAAGUCGGAUGUACCAGGGAUUAUUGAUAACAAAUCAGACGAAAAACCAAAGAAACAAAAGAGAAAGAAGAGUCCAGAUGAUGAAAAGAAAGAUAACGAUAAAAAUUCUAAAGAACUCAAGGUUCUUGCUAAAGUAUCAGAACCUUCUAAAGAGUCUGCUGAUAAACUUUCUGAAGAAAUUAAAAAUAUAGAAGAACAAUCAGAGAAAGAAAAGGCGAACAACAAUAAAGAUUUCAAGCUAGUUGAUGAAAACAAAGACCACAUUAAAACACCAAUUACGAAGUCUUCCGAGGAAAUUAAUCAGAAAAUCAACAAACCGAAAAUAGUAAACGAAAAGAGUGAUGAAGUUAAAAAAUCUGAAGAAAAAUUGGUUGCAAAAACACACCCGGAGUCUGUCGAGAAGACCUUAGAUGUAACAGAUAUGGCAAUAUCCUCAGCAACAGAUAAACGUCUCAGAAAGGAAGUGGCUGAUGCCGACAUGAAACAGGUUGAUCAAUCAAAAACGCGAGUAGAUAACUCCCGCAAUGCGGAAUAUAAGGAUAAACGGGAAUCUCGUAGCGCUAGACGUGCGCCAAAUGUUGACCUAAAACUGACCAAUAGAAACUCACCAGUGGGAAGCGAUAUUAAGCUUACAUGCAGUGUCUCCGGUGCUGAACUGAAAAUCGACUGGUAUAGGGAUAAAACAUUCAUAGAGAACGACAACAAAUAUCACAAAACCUUCAACGAUGGGCUGUCUUGUUUGGAAAUCAAAGCCGUUGACGCCGGCGAUGCGGGCGUUUACCGAUGCGUGGCCACCAAUCGCAAUGGAGAAGUGGAAACAAGCUGCCUUGUGACUGUUUACGAUGUACCGACAACUAAAUUUGGCACCACGCCAAUAUUUACGCGUAACAUAAGAGAUUCAUACCACAAAGAUCGAAAUGAGAUUACGCUCGAAUGUAAGGUAUCCGGAAAUCCCAAACCUCAAAUAUAUUGGCAAAAGGACAAUACUUUGUUGCCAUUGGGCAAUGAGAAGUACAAGUAUGUGGAGUUAGGCGACGGUGUCAUACAAUUAUUAAUCACAGAGCCGGUUAAGGCUGAUACCGGUCUAUAUACGUGCUAUGCAGAGAAUGACAGUGGACAAAUGAAGAUAAGCAAAUUUUUGGAUAUAUCCGAUUAUGUGCAAAAAUUAACGCAAAAGCGAACUCUGCAAAAGGUCAUACAAGAACAGGAGCCGACUGCUGCAACCCACCAAAACGAGCGUGAAACCAGUGCGCAGCUCAAGUCCAAGGUAAAGGAUGAGAAGCUUAAAUUGACCGCUGAAACGAGAAUGAAGCCAAUGUCGAUAGCUGAGGGCAAUAAGGUGCAGCUCAUAUUUUAUGUGAGUGGUUACAUCGAGGAAGUUUAUUGGUUGCGUGGUGAGGAACGCGUGACGAAGGACGCACGACACAAAAUGUAUAAUAUCAACGGCGCCAUCAGUUUGGAGAUACACAACGCCAGAGCCGACGAUACGGGCACGUACAAGUGUGUGGUGCGCAAUAACAAAAACACCAUUGAAAGCUGUGAUUUGACGGUCUACGAGCAAACAACCGGCAAACUGCCCAGCAGUUUUGCGGACAAUAUCAAAGAAUCUUAUGAUGCAAAUCGCAACGAAAUCACACUCAGCUGUCAAGUGCACGGUCGACCGAAUGUAACGUGGCUUCGCGAUGAUCAUAGUAUUUCCAACAAUCGCUACAAGUCCACUGAAGAAGUAGGUGGUAUACGCAAACUGAUAAUACGCAAUCCGAUCCCGUCGGACUGUGGCAUCUUUGCUUGCUUCGCCGAAACUAAUGAACACAUCCAUGCUAUUAGUAAAUCCAUACGCACCGGUGAUCUUAAACAGUUGAUGACUGCGAGUGUAGAUGUUACCACUAACGGUGAAUAUGUAUCACAUAUGAGACGCUCAUCACAGACGCCAUAUGAAACGAUGACAAGUAACGGUGAAACAUCAUCUCACUUUACUACAGAAGAAGUUAUCAAACGCAGUCGAGAGCGACGCCCAUUGGGUAUGAUAUCACAGAGCAAACCAUUAUUCAGCACCCUAUUACACGAUCGGACAGUAGCUGAGGGUUCUAGCAUACGACUGAGCUGUAAUGUAGUGUGUGAUGGGGACACACGUAUUGAGUGGUUGAAGAAUCAUCGUCCACUCCCUAAUGACGGUCAAUAUCUGACCAUGUUCCGUAAUGGUAUUGCCUCGUUGGAUAUUUCUGCAACGAGCGUUGAAGACAGCGGAAACUACACUUGCCGUGCCAUCAACGACUAUGGUGAAACAUUCACCCACGCACAGCUGAGAGUCUACAAACAUUACGAGAACGCAGUACAACCUUCCGCUUUUGUACAAUCCAUCAGAGACACUUACUCCAUCAAUGAGAAUACAUUGGUGUUGGAUUGUCGUGUACGUGGUAAACCUCGCCCUGAUAUCCAAUGGAUGAAGGGUUCGGAUCUGCUUAACGAAGAUGACCGUUAUAACAUUGUUAACUCUGCUGAUGGCUAUACUAAAUUGACAAUUAAUAAUCCAACGGAAAAGGAUUCCGGUCUUUAUGCUUGCGUAGCCCGCAACGAGGCAGCUGAAAACAAAAUUACUCACCAAGUCGAUUUUGUGGGACGCGAACGGUUCGCGCUUGAAAAGACACACGGUUACUUCCACCGUGACCCCAAUAAGCCACACUUUGUGGUGCCGUUGAGCAACCAAACAGUGAGUCCCGGCGGAACGGUUGCUAUUUCUGCAGAAUUCAUGAAAUCGUCUACGCCAUUGGAAGUACAAUGGUUACGCAAUCGUCAAACUGUCGCCGGCCAACCAGGCAUAAAAACCUUCAUGGAAGGUGGUGUAUACACAUUAGCCAUAUUGAAUGCACAACCCGAAUUGGAGGGCACUUACACAUGCCGCGCUUCGAAUGCUUUCGGACGCAUUGAAUCGCACGUAAGUGUCGAUGUUGCUGCCGGUGCCCCGAAAAAUGAACGGCCACCGCUCUUCUUAUCGCGACCAGAGCCCGAGAUGAAAAUAUUAGUGGGCGAUCCAUUCUCCAUUUCGUUCCGUAUUGCGGGCGAACCGAAACCUAAAUUGACCUUCUUGAAAGGCACCAAAGAUAUUACCAAAUCCGAUAGAGUCAGUAAGGAAGUGUCGGAUGAUUACACCAGAUUCACGGUGCAAAGCUCACAAAUCGCUGACUCGGGUACAUACUUCGUCGUUGCGCGUAAUAACUUCGGCACAGAUCGUGUAUUUGUAACCGUUGCGGUAAUGCCACGCGCACGCUCCGAAACACCAACAACGCCACGCUGGGGGCAGCGACUCGAAAGUUUCCCUGACAUUUCUUAUUUCAGAGAUCCUCCAGGUCCGAUCUCCACGGAACCUUUGGUUGUCGAUUCCGGACCGUCACACAUCUCCCUCUCAUGGGGUAAGCCAGCGCGAGACAAUUCUGCGCCCGUUAUUGCCUAUCGCAUUGAUGCUUGGGUUGUUGGCCACGAAGGUGGUGCUAUGUGGAAGGAAUUGGGUCUGACACCUAUAAAUUCGUUUGAUGCGUUUAAUUUGAAGCCCAAUAUUGAAUAUCACUUCCGUGUAACGCCGAAAAAUCGUUACGGUUGGGGUCCGUCGGUGCAGACAAGCAGUCCACUUCAGGUGGGAGGCGCUGAAUGCUUGCCCGAGUUCGUUAAAAUACUACCUGGCCAGUUGAAGGCUUUACUGGGCACACAACUUAUAUUCGAAUGUACGGUGCGUGGCGCGCCACGUCCACAAAUAGACUGGUAUAAGGAUGGCAUGCAUAUUAGUCCACUAGCCGAACGUAUCAGAAUUCGUCAAAUUGGUUCAACUUGCACGCUGAUCAUUGCUCCAGUUUCUGAGUUGGAUGCAGGUCGUUACACUUGCGAAGCAACUAACUCCAAGGGCAGAGUAUCGACUUUUGCGCGCUUACAAAUCGUCACCGAUCCUCGACUAUAUGAAGCCGAUACUAAACUGAAGCAAAUCGUUCAUUCCGCCGAUGUUGCUCAUGCUGGUGACACUUUACCAAUAUUCACGAUGCGCCUGCGAGAUCGACGGGUGCAAAUGACCUAUCCUGUGCGUUUGACUUGCCAGGUUAUGGGUCAUCCAAGCCCAGAAAUAAUGUGGUACAAAGACGACCAGCAAAUUGUAGAAAAUCGUCGUUGUCUUAUCACGAGCGAUGGCCAGUUUCAUACACUUGAAUUGGCUAGCACCGUACUAGAUGAUAGUGGAAUUUAUACUUGCACCGCUAAAAAUGAACUUGGUUCGGUAUCAUGCCACUGUUCGCUUGUCGUCGAUAAAGGUAUACGCGCAUACAUAUCGCCCGAGUUUUACAUGCCGCUAGACCCCUUGUAUAUAUAUCAAGAGGGACAAGAAAUACGCCUCGCCGCUAAAGUAGAAGCCUAUCCAACCGUGGGAGUUUCAUGGCAUCGUAAUGGCGUACGAUUGCGUCCAAGCAGACGCAUAAGUGCCACUCUGGAUUCUAACGGUUUUGUUGAAUUAAUAAUUGCCAACGCAACCAUACACGACGCUGGCAUUUAUGUUUGUGUCGCUUCAAAUGCUGUUGGCAAAGUAGAAAGUAGCUGUCGCGUGGUGAUAGAGGAGCUCGAUGAAGAUCAACAACAGCAAAAGCAACGCAGUAGCAGCCAGAUACCGACUAUUGUAAAAAGUGAUUUACCGUACUCCAAGGAACCCAUGUUUGUUGUCAAACCACGUUCUAGUGAGGCCUAUGAAGGUGACACCGUAAUAAUAUUCUGUGAGGUUGUCGGCGAUCCAAAGCCUGAAGUUGUAUGGCUGCGCGAUUUCUUGAAUCCGGAAUACUAUAAGGACGCACCACACUUCCGACCUAUAGGUGACGGUCCGGAAUACCGCCUGGAAAUACCUAGCGCCAAGCUGGACUUCACCGGCACUUACUCUGUUAUAGCGAGCAAUUGUAAUGGUGAGGCAAAGGCUGUCAUCUCAUUGCAAAUUUUCGCUAAAGAUAUCCUCAACAAUUCGCAAAUGGAGAAAGGGUCUAUUCGACACGGCAACGUGGAAACCUUCCCGCGCUUCAUCCGUCAUCUGCGUGACUUACGUUGCUGUGACGGUGAUGCCAUCACUUUGGAAUGCCAUGUUGAGGCACUCCCGGAACCGGUAAUCAUAUGGGAGAAGGAUGGACGUGUGCUACCGAGUGGCAAAGAUUUCACAAUGUCCUACGACGGCAUCAAGGCUACACUGAGCAUACCACGCAUUUAUCCAGAGGAUGAAGGCGAAUACACAUGCGUCGCAAAGAAUAAUCUUGGCCGCACACUAUCCUCGGCUUGUAUUAUUGUCGAUGUGCCUGAGGAAAAGGAGAAUAUGUUAAAUCGUCAGCUGUCCCGUCCCAGCGGUUUACUCUCGGCAAACUCAACACCACGUUCAACACCGCGCUCCACACCCAACCGUUGCUUUUCGCCUCGUCGUCUCUCUUACCGUUCGUCGCAAAUCGAUCUGAGUGAUGGUCGCAUAGGCAGCUAUCGACGCGCAAUGUUGGACACUCGUACUUUGGCUGCGCCGAAAUUCCUAGCCAUUCCUCACAGUCGUGUCGUCGAGGAGGGUGACAAUGUUCGUUUCCAAUGCGCGAUUACCGGUCACCCAACGCCUUGGUCGACAUGGGACAAAGAGGGUAUGAUUGUUACGCCUACUGCCCGGAUCGCUGUGAAGGAGGUGGAUGAUUUGCGUUUCCUGGAGAUCGACGAAGUCACUUUCGAUGAUGCUGGUCUGUAUCGUAUCACCUUGGAGAAUGACUUUGGACGCAUUGAAGCCACAGCGCGUUUGGAUGUAAUUAGCCGCUCGCGGUACUCACGUUCUCCUUCCGUGCGUAGUGUUCGUGCAAGUUCUUCGAAACGCAAUGCACACCUACGUAGACGUAUCAUGGGACCAUCGACGGCUAUAGGUGGUCGCAUGGCGUUGGCUACUGGCUAUCGCGGCUCUUCGGUGCCAUCCUGUAAAUUUUACCAUAACGGCACUGAGCUGGACGAAGAUGAUGAACGUGUGCAGAUUGUGGUGAAUGAACACGAAGCACUGCUUUGCAUUGACAAUGUGACGGAGGAAGACGAGGGUCUGUACACUUGCAUCAUUCAGUGUGAUAAUGAACCGUUGCUCACAAGCACUUGGGUGAAAUUCGAAGCAACAGAAAGUGAUGCAUUAACAGCACGUCUUUCAAAACCGUGCAUUUCGCGAGCCCUCCCCGCCAAAGUAGAAGCUCACGAACGCGAGACUGUUGACUUGCGCUUCGAGUUGGAUUGCCAUGAACCAUACACUUAUACGUGGACGCGUAACGGUGAAGUGUUGGUCGAUGAUGAUGAUUUUAACCAAAUCGACCAUGGCAACGGUGUACUCUGUCUGCGCAUAAACGACGUUUUCGAUUUAGACUCCGGAGAAUACACGUGUGAGGUACGCACUGCCAGCGGCCUGACCUGCAGCACUGCCUGUCAGCUGAGCGUCGACGAAACCGACGAUGUUGUCGAGUCUGCGCCAAUACUGUUGAAAUCGCCGCUGCCGGCACUAACGAAUGCCGGUGCAGACGAAGUGGUGUUUUGUGCGCAUGUUCAUCCACCUGAAGCCAGCGUACAAUGGUUCGUCGCCGGUCGUGAAAUCGUUUCCGACUAUGUAGAUGAAGAAAACGCCAAUGACUCACUCGUUGGGGAAAUAACAAAGCAGUUUGGCUCGGCGCGUGUCGCCAAUGAAUCGGACGGUGUCCGCAUACUACGCAUACGGAACGUCCAGCCGCAUCACUGCGGCGAAGUGCAAUUGAGUGUCACACAUUGCGGUAAGUCCAGUUCGACACUGCGCGCCUACACCAGUCUGGUUGUGCUGCCAGGACCUACGUCGCUCCAGGGCGAUUCUACAGAAACCACAAGUGCCGCUGAUAAGGCUAUUGAAGCGCUGAACGGUUCCGAGCUGCCAGAAGUACCUGCUUGCAUUUUAGAGGGUCCACAGGAUUGCACUGCUCACAUUGGUGGUAGCGUUAAGUUGAGCGUCUGCUACGAGGCUGUACCGCGUGCACAAGUCUGCUGGUACAAAGGGUGCCGUCCGAUCGUCGAGCAGCACAACAUUUCCAUACGCAGCAGCGCUAAGCGUUCGACGCUGCUCAUAACUGAGAUUGCGGCAGAUGAUAGUGGCAAGUACACGGUGGAGAUCAUGAACGCGUUGGGCAGCGAUGCAGCGGCGGCUUCGGUGGCGGUGGAGGGUCCGCCAGAUGCGCCCAGCGGCAAGCCCAGCAUCUCACAAGGUCCCGAUCGCAUUGCGGUCGCUUGGUGCGGCCCACCCUACGAUGGCGGCUGCAUGAUUACCGGCUUUAUCAUUGAAAUGCAGCAGGUGCCUGCCGAACCGAAUGAUGAGACUGACGAUUUGGCUGGUGGCGAAAGCGGUUGGCACGAAAUCGCUACCGUUGUGGACUCAUUAGCGUACACGGUUAAGAAUUUGACACCGAGCGCCGCAUAUCGAUUUCGAGUGCGCGCCAAAAAUGUACAUGGCUGCAGCACACCCAGUUUGCCCAGCGAUCCGGUUGAGUUACAAGCCCAAGAAAUCCCAACAGAAGAUUUUCACCGACCGAUCUCCGUUAAGUCAGGUGGCGAUUUCAAAAGUCGCUUCGAAAUACUCGAGGAAUUGGGCAAGGGUCGCUUCGGAAUCGUUUAUCGGGUGCAGGAGCGUGAAGAUUCAAAACAAAUUCUUGCUGCUAAGGUGAUUAAAUGCAUUAAAGCGCAAGAUCGACAAAAAGUAAUGGAAGAGAUCUCCAUUAUGAAAUCAUUACAACAUCCGAAAUUGCUGCAGCUCGCCGCUUCAUUUGAGAGUGCUCGCGAAAUUGUUAUGGUGAUGGAGUACAUCACUGGCGGUGAGCUGUUCGAACGCGUCGUAGCGGACGAUUUUACGCUGACCGAACGCGAUUGCAUACUCUUUCUGCGACAGGUGUGCGAAGGUGUCGCCUACAUGCACACGCAAUCAAUCGUGCACUUGGACCUCAAGCCGGAGAACAUUAUGUGCCAUACACGCACCAGCCAUCAAAUCAAGAUCAUCGAUUUUGGGUUGGCGCAACGUUUAAAUAAGAAUACACCGGUGCGCGUGCUCUUCGGAACACCCGAAUUCAUACCACCCGAAAUAAUUAGUUACGAGCCAAUCGGCUUUCAGUCGGAUAUGUGGAGCGUGGGCGUCAUUUGUUAUGUGCUUUUAUCUGGCUUAUCGCCAUUCAUGGGUGAUACUGAUGUUGAUACUUUUUCAAAUAUUACACGCGCUGACUAUGAUUUCGAUGACGAAGCAUUCGAUUGCGUUUCCCAGGAGGCAAAGGACUUCAUAUCGAAUUUAUUGGUGCAUCGCAAAGAAAAUCGCUUGACAGCCAAACAAUGCUUGGAGUCGAAGUGGCUGACUCAGGAACAUGAUGAGAACCUCAGUAAUAAAAUCUGCACAGAUAAACUAAAGAAGUUUAUUAUACGACGCAAGUGGCAGAAAACCGGCAAUGCUAUACGCGCCUUGGGCCGCAUGGCCACGCUUUCCGCUUCCAGACGCAACUCGGCCGUUUCCGGCGCCGGCAGUUUGCCUAACAGUCCACGACCAUCCAUAUCCGGCAUUCAUCAUAUGUUUAGUCCGAAUACCACCGUGCAGAUGGGUUCGCUGCACGAAGAAGAUGACGACUUCAGCAUUGAGCUGCCGAAUCAGACAACGCUGGAACAACAGCGACGCAUUCAAAAGACGCUGAAAGUGCGCGACAAAUCACAAUGCAGCGAGCGCAGCGAUUCCGGUUACAGCGAGUGCUCCAAUUGCAGUGUGGGUGGAAAUAUGCCAUGUCAUUGCGCUGGCGCGUCUGCCGUGCAGGUCAUAGUGCAGCACAGCGCUUUGGAUGAUUUACACGCGACAAAUGCAGAAGCGGCGCUGUCGCUGGGCGUACCGCACGAUGUGCUCAAGACGAAAUUGGAGGAAAUCGCGCAACAUGAGAAUUUGGCGUUGCCGCAUUUUGACGAAAAAUGCAAUGAAUCCAUAAGCGUUUUAGAGCAACACAUACGGCAAGUAAGUCUACAGUCAUCCGACGGAGUGACGGCCGGGAAAGAUAACGGAGAGCAUAGUGAGUCCAUGCGAGUGCGGCAAGAGGAUGAGAUUUCUGAUCAAGCGAAUGUAACCUUAUCGCUUGCAGUGCCACUCACAUCGCCGACGCAAGUUGCGCCAUCAGAGCCAACAACAGUGUUGGCAUCACCACCACAUCGCGAACCCAUAAUGCGCUCGGAUUUCACUAAUACCAUAAAGAUGCGUAAGAAAUCGUUGGAGAACAAUGCGUUGCGAGAGAAGGCCAAGCAACAGCCUAAACCGAUUCUCGAAGCGGCUGGAAAAGUCUCACAGCUGAAGCAUAAGUUCAAUUUGGCCUCCAGCGCCGAUGAUGCCAAAUGUGUUAACGCUAAAUUGCUGGUACCCAGACAAACUUCACCACUACAUAAGAGGGAUCACAACAAAGAUGUUUUCGCCGAUAAACGCUUCGCCUGCGCUAACCAAACAAACGCUACAAGUGCCACAACGAAAUCAACGAAUUCAACACUACAACAGCAGCAACAACAAAAGCAUCAGCAAAAACAAUGCUCCUCCAUGCCCAACUCCCCGCUGCUUGGACGCUCAACAGCGGCGCUUCGGCUAAGCGGACGCGUCCGUGAGGCAACCGAGCGCUUGUCUCAACAACAAACCGUCGCUACCAGCGCGCGACGCAUGGAGGCACGACGUUAGACAGCAGCAGCAGUGACAGCAACGGUUUAAACAAAGGCGCGACGCUAAAUGCCAAAUAAAUCAGCGCAAACCGGUUGAGACGCACGUGCGGGAAGGCAAACACAAAUCACUUUCAAAUACAGUUUACGGUUAUGGAUUAUACGCGUCACGUAUGAUAGCAAUAACAGUAAAACGUGACGUCGCUAAUCCGUAUUUGCGUUGUUGUUGCCGCCGCGUUAUCCUCCAGGCUCCUCACUUUGAUGAAUUUGUUAACAAAUACAAGUUAUUAUUGUUAAGUAUUUUAUUUCCCAACAAUCUCAUACCUGUUUUGUUACAUUUUUAUAAGUUUUUGCUAUUACUGCACUUGAACUACGCGCAGCAUCCACAAUUCAACUAAACCUACCCACACUCGAAUAAGCCUACAUACAUACAUAUAUUAAUGCAUAGCUUAUGAUUCAUGCAAGUACGUGCAUCCCUUGCGUACGCACAAUUACUUACAUAAUCAAAAGUGAGAAUUAAGUAAUUUAAAAGCAACGAUUAUAUCUGCUAAACGAAUAUAUUGGCCGAAUGAAUGGCCUACCCACUCACACGCAUACAAAUAUACGUCCAAGUAAUCAGAGAGAAUACAUCACCUUUGAUAGUACUUACAUUUCGAACGCCUUGGCUUGUAAUUGCCCCUGUUAUAAAUGGAAACAAAUUAUACAUACAUAUAUACUUACAUACGUGUAUAUGUGAAUCCCCACUAAGGAUAAUUGUUCUAAAAUAUAUUGUAAUUAUGCAUUAUUUACCAUUACAUUGUUAAUGAAUAGAGAUUAAUUGUUUAAAAUUACAUAAUUAUAUACAUAUCUAUACUGACUACAUACAAGUAAAUUAAUACUUAUAAAAAUAAUAAAUUAUAUCUGCAAUGUUCUUACAUUUUGAUUGUAUCAAAUCGCCGAGUUGUCUACCAUAAAUAAAACGUUGAAGCUCAAUGUGUUGGUUUUAUAUGCUACUGUGAGCAAAAAAUA